AUGAAAUAAGGAUAGGUCAUAAGGAAAUUUGAGAGUAUAAUUGUAUCAAGAAAAUAGGUUUCGGCUUUAGUUCUUUAAAUCCUUCUGACCCUAAUGCUGAGAAAGAAUUGGUGUUACAUAUUUCAAAUCAAGUUUAAAAGGGAAAUGAUUUUAAAAUAAAAAUGUAUAGUUGAAUGAAGAUUUCAAUUUUGAAAUAGAAAAUCCACAAAACAACUAAGUUAGAUCUAGCAGAUUUUAGAUUACUUUAUAAAAAUCAAGAGCUCUCUAAAAAAUGAAGAUUUAGAAGUAAGAAAUAAAAUGAAUAACAUUAAAGGAUUAUGGAAUCCAGAAUCAUGUAACUCUAAAAUUAUUGGCUCGAAAGUAGGGAUAAUAGUUGUAUUUUAUCAACAGUAUUCACAAUAUAUUGGAAGAAUCAAAAAAAACUUAAGAGCAAUUUUAAAAUGCUAAAUGGGCAGUUGAAGGAGCAUUUAUGAAAUGA